CGGGCAAGACAGACAUGGCUGCAAGCCUUUCUUGGGAGCUCGGUGUCUGCACGGGUUAAGGCGUGCGGGGCGAGGUGGAAAAGUUGCUGUUGAAUUUCACUUUAAGGGACCGGACAGAAAGCAGCGAAAUGGAUGACUUCCGCUCCAUCUGCCUCCUGUCUCUGGCCAUGCUGGUCGCCUGCUAUGUGGCAGGAAUUAUACCCUUGGCAGUUAAUUUUUCUGAGGAGAGAUUAAAGUUGGUGACUGUUCUGGGUGCUGGGCUGCUGUGUGGAACUGCCUUGGCUGUCAUUGUGCCAGAAGGAGUACAUGCACUUUAUGAAGACAUUUUGGAGGGGAAGCAUCACCCAGCAAGUGAGAUGCAGCAUGUGAUUGAGUCUGAGAAGGUAGCGGAAAUCCCGGCUGUACAUGAGUAUGGCCAUGACCAUUCCAGGUUGCAUGCCUACAUUGGCGUAUCCCUUGUCCUUGGCUUUGUCUUCAUGCUGUUGGUGGAUCAGAUAGGCAGCUCUCAUGUGCACUCGACAGAUGAUCCAGAAGCUGCAAGAUCAGGCAACUCCAAAAUCACCACAACGCUGGGCCUAGUAGUCCAUGCUGCAGCUGAUGGUGUUGCAUUGGGUGCAGCAGCUUCUACUUCUCAGACUAGUGUCCAGUUGAUAGUGUUUGUUGCAAUUAUGUUGCACAAGGCACCAGCUGCCUUUGGCCUGGUUUCCUUCCUGAUGCACGCUGGGCUGGAACGGAAUCGAAUUAGAAAACACUUGCUGGUCUUUGCAUUGGCAGCACCUGUUAUGUCCAUGGUGACAUACUUAGGGCUAAGCAAGAGCAGCAAAGAAGCCCUUUCAGAAGUCAAUGCCACCGGAGUUGCUAUGCUGUUUUCUGCUGGGACUUUUCUUUACGUUGCCACAGUUCACGUUCUCCCAGAAGUAGGAGGAAUUGCUCAUAGCCACAAACCUGAAUCAACUGGAGGAAAAGGACUCAGUCGUCUGGAGGUGGCAGCCCUAGUAUUAGGAUGCCUUAUCCCUCUAGUUUUGUCCAUUGGACACCAUCACUAAACGCUCGAAUUUCACUGUUCUCCUCAAUCUGAGCAGUAAAUGUCGGCUGCUCCUUUUAUUAUUGUCUCUUACCCAUCAUCCAUCCCAUCCACUUUAUGGAGUUCAGAGGGAAUGUUGAUUGCAAAAUAAGGAAUACUGGGAAAGUUUUUAGUGUAGCGAAAUGUACUUUGGCAGCCGGACAUAAAUUCUAUGUAACUUUCUUUUCUGAAGACAUUUCCUAUUUUACUUGUUACUUCUGGCCCUAUUCUCAGGGAAGAUGGAAUUUGGAGUUUAAGAAACAUGAGCAGGGAAGAAUGUAGUGACUCAUCAUGAAAUUGCAAUCACCAAAGUAUCCUGCAAU